AUUCGAACAACGACGAACAACCAACUUCUCUUCGAUGAGAUACCUUCACAAUCGACGAUUGGUUAACACUGAAUAUAUAUACGAUCAAAUUUGCUGGUAGAAACAUAUAUAUCGUAUUGUGGGCGUUUUGUUCGUAUAUGUUGUUCGUUUGCUAAACUUUGGUGGAAGUUUAACGUGCAAACAUAUGGGUUCUCCUUGUAUAAACAUAAUGCGCUGCUGGGCUUCAUCUAUGUCUCAUUGACGUUUGACAUUUGUGUUCGCGGCGCUGUGGCUGUGUAGCAUGUAUGUAUAUUUCCUGUCGAGAAACACUGUGCUACGACAAAUAUUACAACAAUGACUAGAUUUUAAUGACCAUCAUUCAAGGUUGUAAAAACGCGUUAGGGGGUAGAAGAAAGGAGCGGAGCACGUUAUGGAGGCUGUUAACGGACAACUGCAGACCAAAUACAAAAAAAUUGCCACAGAAUACUCAAAAAUUCGUGCUCAAGCAAAUGUUCUAAAAAAGGCUGUGAUUGACGAACAAACGCGUAAUGCGGACAUUCGAGAACAAUUAAAGGAGAAAGAAGUUGAACUUCGGAGGGCUGAUCAAGAAUUAGAUAGUUUAUCAUUUCGCAAUCAACAAUUAACGAAACGUAUAACUGUACUGCAGGAGGAGCUGGACAAAGCGCAGAACAAGUCCAAGAAAGGAAAGAACAAAGUAUCGGACAGCAAGAGCCAAAUACCAACACCACCGAAUCAUAUCUUAGACGAAGAGUUUCAAAAGAAAAUAGUAGAGAAUGCUCAAUUAUUAUCUCAAAUCAGUGAUAAAGAUAGCGAAAUUGAAUGCUUGAGUAAGAGGAUACAGCAAUUGGAAUAUAAGUUAGAUCAGUGUGAGAAAUCUAAGGUUGAAUUAGAAUGUCGGUAUCAAAGUACAAUAGAUAAGUUAGAAAUAGAAAGAAAUGAUAUACAAAGAAAGUUAAACGAGAAGCAAAAGCAAGAAGAGACUGUGUCAUGGUCUAGCAAUGAAGGUAAACGAGAUGGAUACGAGUUGGAUACCAGGAUAGGACUUUCUAAUCAUCGACAAAUAGAGUCAUCUCCAAUUCCAUCUCCAUUGGCUUCGCGUAGAUCGUCGAAAUCAACUGGCGAGGGCAGGCCUCCCAAGUUGCAAGAUGAUAGUAAUGAUUUUGAUUUUUCCAAAUCGUGCGACUUGGAAAAGCAAAUAAACUAUUGGAAAGCUCAGUAUCAUAUACUAAAAGUAAAGUACGAUGAAAUCGAUCAAAAAGAGUAUAUAAGCGACGAACAAGUAGAAAACGAAACCUUGCAGCCAGCAAAGAUAAAUCAUAUGAUUGGUAGAUUAACGGUACCUUUUCAGAUACCGGAAGAGAUAGAAGCUCGAGAAGCUAAAAUAAGAGAGUAUUUUCUACAAGAGAUCGACAAAUUAAUCACGGAGAAGAAUGUUUAUCAUGUUAAAAAUUUAGCUAUGGCUGCUAAUGGUGAAGUUAUGCAAGUUCACUUAGAAACGAGUGAAUCAAAAAGAAAGCAAUGCGAGUCUGCACUCGCGGAAGCAUUUGCAAAUUGUAAUAGUUUGCAGAAAGAUAAAGAAAUACAGGAAGGAAAUUACAAAGCUCAACUCAUUUCUAUGAGCGAGCAUUUAGCAAACAUGAACGAGAAACUGAUUUCUCAAACAGAAGAAAUACAACAACUCAAGUUUGAACUUACAAACAAGAACAAUAAAAAAGGAAAACAGAAGUGAUAUGAGUUAGAUUGCAAAUUAACUGUUAUUGACAUUCCAUCAGCGACAGAAAGUAAUCAGAAUCGUUGGUAAUUUUAAUUUCACCGAAAUACGAUGUACCUAUAAAACUAUAAUUAAGAAUUUUGAUCCUGUCCUCGUUAAUAUCUGAAGUCAGUGUUACAUAAUUUAAAAAAUUCAAAGAAAAAUUAUUCUUGAUGUUCGUUUCUUGAACACUUAUAAUACAAGAACCUACAUUUUACAUAGAAUCAUAAAAUAUAUGGUAUUAACAUUUACACAUAUUUACAAUGAGUUUAUUACAAUGUUAACCGAACAAUUUGUUCCUCUAUACUCUGAAUUAAAGCUUCUGUUUGUAUUUUACUUGUUAUAAAAUAAAAAUGUAUAAGCAUA